AUGGCUACACCCGCCACGUCAGCAACCCACAGAGCACUGCUGCUGCCAGAGAUUCUGACCAACAUCUUCGAACACAUCAUCUCCGAGACGUACUACCUCGAGGAGGAAUUCGAUGAAGAUGCCGCAUAUGAAGAAAUGUGUGGCGGAAGCACUACAUUCGGGGAAUCCCUAGAAAGAACACGCCGUGGCAGCAUCACACUCUGCCACCCGUUCACCGAUUCAAUCACCCCCAACAAUCCGUGUCCAGAACCACAACCACUCCAACCAACAGACGAAGAUGUAGAAAAAGCUCCUGAAUAUAACACAAACAACCUCCCCCAAGCAGGCUACACCCAAAAUGGCGUCCUCCGCCGCUGCACACUCGUCUGCAAAACAUGGUUCCACGCCGCCUCCCCCAUCCUCUGGUCCAACGACACAUUCGCCUACUACUUCUCCCGCACCGGAAACUCCCACCUCUUAUCUCGCAUACAACCGCACCGUCGACAAUACUACAUCAACUUCUUACCAAGAAUCCCAUUACGACUUGCCAGCCAAAGCAACCACGACGAAGUGAACGCCGCACUGGAGGGCUGCGUCUUUCCGCAGGAGAGAAUCACGCUGUACAUGGAUUUCGGAGAGGUGUUUGUGCCGACGAUUGCGGCGCCGGGCGUGAAGAUUGUGGAGCUUGAUCCGCAUUAUGAGGAUGAGCCGGUGACGUAUUUUGUUAGGAGGAGGGAGUGGGAUGGGAUAUUGGGGCAGGUUGCGGAGGCGUUUCCGGGGGCGGAAGUGGUGAGGUUUUUGGAUGAGACGAGGAUGUAUCCUGGGAGUUUGGAGAGGUUUAGGGGGAGGAUGGGGAUGUUGAGGGAGUUGGAGUGUUCGAGGGUUAUUGUUGAGGGGGACUAG